GUGUGGGUACUUAUAAAAAUAAUAACGUAUCGAUUUUGAACUAUAGUUCUGCGCACGGGAGAAUCAAAAUAAUGGAUGGUCCCGCGCAGCCAUCGCUACAUCGAUCGCCGUUCCAACAGGUACCUAGUACCUUGUGGUGUGCCGGUGUGCGUGUAUCGGCGGUGUACCCGAACGACGACUGUGGCUACUGUUGGUACUGUUGGUAGUAGUGCGCGUGAAGGUGAUGGUAAAAACUAAAAAGCGCGCGUGGUUUGUGCGUUUGAGUAAAAUAGUGUCGGAGGACGGCGAGCGGGUCGGUGGCAAGAGGGAACGCCGUUGGCCGGGCGGCCGUGCAAACGCGUAUUGCUGGGGCGUUGGCGACAACGUCGGCUCAGCGUUAUCUCGUCCGUAUUUUAAUCCAACCGUUGCCCACACUGUCGAUCGAUGGACACGAGCCGAGCGACGCGCUUGCGUUGCCGGUGCCAUUUUUUACCGAACCCGUCCCGGGGCCCCGGGCACACAUUCGUCGCAUUCGUCUUAUUGUACGUACAGGUGGCGCACGUGCGCACUGUCGUCCGCGACUGGUCGUUGUAGCUGUUGAUCACUAGCCGCCAUUAUCCGCCGUACACCAUCAUAGUAUUAUACACUCUACGCGACUAAAUCCGCAAACACGGGUAUCCAAAUGUCAGCGUCCGAUGUGACGUCCGAGGACGAGGACCCGGACGGCUAUCGUCGUUCUCUUCCCAAAUAUUCGAAAUACGACGUCGUAGACUACGACGACUACGACGACGACGACGACGACGACGACGACGACGACGACGACGACGACGAGGACGACAAGGACGACGAGGAAGACGAGGACGACGACAAGGACGACGAGGAAGACGAGGACGAGGACGACGACGACGAGGACGACAAGGACGACGAGGAAGACGAGGACGACGACGACGACGACGACGACGACGACGACGACGACAAGGACGACGAGGAAGACGAGGACGACACCAACAACUUGGCAUCUCUUCGACGUCGAAAAAUUAGGCAGCCUUCUAGAAAUCGCGUUGUAAGAAUGUCAACUGUAGAAUCUGGAACGUCACCACCACACGAAUCAUCACCGUUACGUAAACCAAAAAAUCAAACCCCACCACUAUCACACAAACAGAAACAUCAAUCACCACAGUCAUUGCAUGAAUCUUCAUUUUUGAAUGCCGCGAUGGCUGACUCAGGAACCGUUGACGUAGAAGCUGAAAAAAACAAAAAACUUUUGGAAUGGGAGCUAUCAGCGUUGGAAGCGGACGACUUGCGGUCGCAUGCCUGGUACCAUGGCCAACAGGUAGAUCGCACCGAGGCUGAGAGGCUCUUACGCCAGUGCGUUGCUGAAGAGUACAGUUUUGCUACUACUACUACAAUCACAGGGAAUACUAAUAAUAAUGAUACGAUUAUUUCUCCAAACCAUGCUACUGCCACUAUCUCUAAAAUAUCUUCAACUUUACGACAUGAUGUUGAAAAAGGUACCAGUGACUCGGAUGGGAUGGAAGAUAUCAGCAGUGAGAGCAGCGACACGGAUUUUGUCUUCGAUGACUUCAUUGACGAUCUGGUAGACGAACAAGGCGUGGUACCUAAUUCGUCGAUGGCUACGUCCACCGCGAUGGCUGCAGAAUUACUAUUGCAACAGCGUCGCCGCAUUGAUGGUGCGUUACGGAAGUUAAUACCCAAGCGACCGAACCGACCUCGGCGGCACUUCUACUGUUUCUUAGUUCGAGACAGUCUAAAUGUUCGGCCACCGGGCCGAUACGUUGUGUCAUGUUUGCGGGUUGAUAAGUUUGAAGACUUCGAGACUAGGGAUAAAUACAAAACCGAUGAGCAACGUCGUAAGUUUUGCAGACAACUACAACGACGGCAGCGAAGACAGAAUCGACAUCCGGUAUUGCAUUUUGUUGUGAAUGAGAUAAUCAUGCAACCCGGAACAGUAUAUGAACGAUCGCAGUUUACUUUUGGGGAAACUUUACCUUCAUUGUCUUCCGCUAUUUCUACUGCAGGAGUAAACAGUAACGUUGGGCUUAACGAACAACAGCAAUAUCAGCCGGGAUUUGAUAGUGUACCCGAUCUGAUCAGGUACUAUGUUGGUGGUGCUGAUGACAAUGCCGUAUUGUCAUACGGCGGUGGAAACGAUGGAACUGGUAGUGGUAGUAUGACGCUUGCUCGGACCCCACAAACUGAAGUACGAAUUAGGUAUCCAUGUAACCGGCGUCGUCCUUUGAUGGACAACUUGAUGGUUGAAGUUUCAACUCGAAAUAUUCUACCGGGAACGAUGGAAAAUUCUCGAUUGGUGGUGCGACAACGUUGCAGUGCUUCAACUGCGACUCAUGCCCAUACUGAAGGAUUACGGGUAUUAUCUUCUUCUCCUGGUGGGUCAACAGAAGCAUUAACGUCAUCUCAAAAUAUAAACCAUCGACGCAAUACACCGUCUCCACCGCCUCAUACUUCAAAAUGGAUGCGAGUACAGUCUUCGUCUAGGUCAUCAGUUCGAAAAACUCCUUCAGCGACCGUAACUUCCGCAAUGGUUACGUCAUCGGAGCCUACUCCAGCAGCAAGACCAGUUAAUCAAUCUCAGUCACAAUCAUUACCUUCUUGCUCACGAUCGUCAACCCCACCAGUUACAUCGGGUCCCUCGGUAUCAACUCUACCCCGUCUGUCAAAAUCACCGCAAGAUCCUAUAAAAACUUUCCCGAGUCGUUUUAAAUCUGGAAACGCAUCAACAUCAAUUAAAACUCUACCACGUCAAUCAAAAUCAUCUUUUCCACUUCCAUCAACCUCCAGAUCAUCAUCGCUAACAUCUAAACGCACUUCAUCUUCCGAAUCAAAAUCAAUAUCGGACCAAUUACGACGCACCCCAUCAUCUUCAAGUACGUCAUCGAGAAAUACCCAAAAUUUGACGAUCUCUGAUUUAUUAUCUUCGCCAUCAUCUUCCACUAACUCGCCAAGACGUACGCGGAGGUCAGUUGCUGAUUACUUAAACAGUAGAUUAAUGGGGCCACCGUUCAGCAUUUUUAGUAUUACUGCGAUGGGCACGAAUGACGGUGUACCUUCGCCGGCCGUUAAUAUAGAUGCCCCUGGAACAUCAUCGGCUGAUAGAGAUAGGUUCAAUGAGCAUGCUGUUGAUUUGUUUUCACUACCCUUCGAAAGAGCUGUGAUGUCGUCAUUUGUACGCAUACGAGUACGCAAUGGAUAUCGCAGUAUGUUAAAUAGGGCAACACGGCCUUCAUAUUCAAGUCAACACAGGAGACCUCCGAAUACGAAUAGUCCAGAUAGCCAUCAACGUGGGUCGUCAGCAAGCCAUCGGAAUCGACCUGGAAGACGCCAAGCUCCUAGUCAUAACUCAAGUAUACAGAGUUCUUCAGAAAACGAUGAUGACGACGAAGAACAAGAGCAACUGAAAUCCUCGUCAUCAUCUGAUGCGUCUUCUGUUUCAACAUCUACGUUAAAGAAUGAAGAGAUUGAACGAAAUAGAGGUAAACGCAAGCAGUUUGUAGAUGGCAAAAUAACAAAGAAUGAAACUUCUGAUGAGGAGGGUCGAGAGGUUGAGAAUCAGACGGAUUGUGUGGAGGGAGAUACAGAGACAGAUCAAAUGUCAAGCGAUGAACAGACAACUCCACAUCCAGAUUGUAACAUAAAUAACUCAUCAUCAGAAACAUCUGAAAAUGAAAAUUUUCAGAAAUGCCGCACUCGUUGGACUAACACAAUGCGUCAAGGGUUAGUUGAUAUGCAGGAACAUUCGCAUUCAGAUCAUCAUAAUCAACAACUGACUCAAAUUACGGGGACACGGAAUCGUGAUCCCCGACAACGAGGUUCGCGGCAAAUACAUCAGACGCCAACUGAAGACCAAGAGGUCGAUAAUGUGGGUACAAGAAUAGAUUCCAGAUUAUCGACGAGCACAGACCGGUCAGCUACUUUAGACCCAGCUGUUCUACAUCAAAAUCGUGCCAUUCGUAGCUCCAUUAGAUCAUCAAAUAAUAAUCUAUCCGAAAACAUGAUUAGGCAAUGGGUAGGUUUACAAAGAGUUUCAAACCAAAGUAAUAACCCCAAUGUAUCAGUAGUUUAUAAUGGAGGCCAAAUACCUUUGGUCGCAAUUUUGCCACGUAUUCGGCGACAACGGUGGGAACGGCGGCAAAGCAAUAGAAAUGUGGUCGCGUCGGGGGACUUUCACUUGCCGGUGGGAGAUCAACUUUCACCGGCGAGAGAGUUCCUCAGAGGACACGUGUCUCCAUUGGGAGAAACUCAACUGCUAGUGCAGAAGAAUAUGAAUUAUCCUCAAAUGAAUCCGGAGAUAGCUGGUCACAACAUCGUCAACCAAGAGGGUGGCGUCGCUCCCGUAGCCAGAGCCGGCCAAUUGAACACUACUACGACAUCCGAGAACAUUACCGCCGAGUGCAGUAUCGACAUAUCUGGUCUAGAAAUAGGUACUUGUUCUGUUGGUGUCGGUAGUAUUGGAAGCAAGCUGCCUUGCGAUUACGUAAACAUCGAUCCUCGCAUCGACGACCAUAACAACUUAGUUAAUAAAAAUGACACCCAGCAUCAGAACAUCAAUUUUCUUGAAAAGAUCCAUCACAGAAAAAAACACCAAGUCAUCAAACAACAGAGCAAUAAUAACUACAAUAGUCUUGUUGAUAAUAACACCGAAACAGCCGUCGAUUAUGAAAAUAUAAUUUCUCACAACACUGACAAUACUACUGAUUUCAAUUACGAAAAUAUAGGUCAAAGCGGUGAUGAAAAUCAGCAAAAACUAAUUAAUGAUUUUAACGGGGAUAGUACUGCAGUUGCCAAUGCGUUGCGGGCCGUUCACCUGGCGAUAAUUGGUGAUCCCGAUGACACCAGUAGAACAACAGUAGGUACCGGCAAACUAGCAGCCGCCUUGUGUCAUGCUGAUGGUCAGGCUACUGUACUACCAUAUCGAAUGAAUUUUACUGAGAGUGAACAAGCUGGACCACUUUUGAGUACAUGUCCGCUCCAACUUUUGGGUCAACCUGGACCAGCCGGACGUCGAGCUCGUCUAGAUGUCAUAGAAAGGUUUGCUUGUCUCCAGUACCUGGUUGCAAUGACAGUAAUAGUGACGCCAUGUCUGCUAUUAAUUGGCAGCGAUAUCAAUGACAAAGAAAAUCCAGCAGAUGUGAAUCUUGAGUGGAGUUUGGAAGAUGAAUACGAAUACCGGCGUCGGCGGUUCUAUUACCGAUGUGCUGGUUUCAGUAGUUGGCUUGUCUCCGAUAACGAUUCCACAUCGGACGAUGACGACGACAGUUAUAAAUUAACAGCAAACUCAGAUUUUGAUUCUGGUUAUUCAUUACCACCAAGGGAAGAAUGGGCUGUUGAAAAGCGUCACUGGUUGGAUCUACUGACUAGGCAUAGAGCAGCUGCCCUGGAUAAGUGGAUUCGUACGGCAGCUGAUGCCAAACAGGCAGUGGGUGAUGUGUAUGGUUAUCGGGCUCUGAUGUCUGCGCUAUGUUCUGACAGGGUAAUCGAUAUCCAGGCACUACAAGAUGCAUGGGCAACUCUUCGUCGUGUACAUACUGCCACAGCCGUGGCAUUUGAAUCCCGGCUUCGACCCGAGUUUCUGGGACGCGGUGAAAAGAAUUUAAUGACAAUGUUGGGCAAACCAGGCAUUAACAACGUCGAUGACAAUGAUGUGAAUGAGCUACUACAACUUCCACCAAACGCAACAAUACCUGAUGCAACAUCAUUGGCCGUUCUUUACGAACAUUUGUAUACGGACAAUAUUUCAGAUGCUGGUAGUGUGAACUCUACUGCCGUCAGCUCAAACGAUAUUGGCAGUAAGAAGGAAAAAGACCCUAGACUAUCGUCGUUUUUUACUUCACCAUUGUUAUUGUCACCGUCACCAUGGCUAUCUCUUAAAAGUGGUAUAAGUGGGGGACUAGGAUCAUCGAUGGGGUCUGACUACGGUCUAAGUGCACUUAAUUUUCUAUGUAUCCAAUACUCUGAUUGGGUGCAGCAAAGUUACGGUGAUGAUGAUUCUAUAUUACCGUUAAUAAAAUCACCAGUAUUACAGCUAGACCGGUUCCGCAGUAAUUUCCGUGCACUAUUACGUCAAUAUAGCGGAGGUGGCUUUGGUGAUUAUGACGACGGCGAUGUAAGGUUUAACUAUGUAUCCAGUUACAAAGAUGUAGACCUCCAAAGAGAAGAAAAUACUUCCUACCACGAGGAAUUCAAUUACAAUCGAAACGAUGAAUUUGCAUACGAACGACAAUAUGAAGACAAUGUGGAAGAGUAUGGCACAGGUGGUGAUGAUAAUGAUGACUGCGGCGAUGACGAUGACGAUGACGAUGAUGCUACAGUUAUCUGCUGCAAUAAUGGAAGUUCUAUUUCGGUGAUGAAAAACAAUGCAGUUGAUACUAGUUAUGGAGACACACUCGUUGCAGCUAAGACAGAAAAUCAACGACAAACAACAACAAAAAAUGAGAAAUUCUUUAAUCAUAAAAAAGAUCAAGAAGAAGACAAUCUAUAUGAUCGCUGGAUCGAGGAUGCGAGUGUUUAUGGUCGAGGCCCUGCGCCGUUGAAUAUCGUGUUCUGUACCGAGCUUCAUGUCCGUCUCUUUUGGCCCCCCACGCUUUUCCUUCAAGACAUUAAUGACAAUGAAGAUGUCAUUGAUCAUAAAUCGGCAAUACCCGCCUAUGCGUUAGGUACAACCUACGUGGCUACCGUAACAGCCGCUUUCGAUGAUAAAGACAAAUUUACCAACCAUGUGCCACCGCCAUUGACCCUUAAUCAUGAAAUAACGGCACAACUAGAUCAAGCUGCCCAGGACAUGCGUCUCAGGUACAAAGCCAUGGAUGAUUUUUUAGAUAGAGCGUGUGCCUAUUCAACGUCUGCCACUAAAAUAGCCUACUAAGAUAAUAACGACGGUGGGAAAACAACAACAGCAUUAUCCGCUAUCACAGUGUACUUAAAUGAAUAUGUAGACCAGAAAAUAUCUAACAUUGGAAAGGUAAAGUUGUGCUGAACUUUGUUGGAGUAACAAAUUAUAUAUCAAAAUUAUUUUUUAUGUAUAUAAAAUCUAGGUAUGUUUUAUAGAAAUGUAAGUUCGUUGUACAAUUACCUACUUCAUUUAUAGUAUUGUAUCAUUGGCGAGUACCUGCUAUAAUAUUUAUGGAUUUGAUUAGUUAGUUAAGUUUAUAAUUAGGUAUAAUGUUAUACGUGAGUCGUGAGUGUACUCAUUAUUGUGGAAUAUUCUAAUUAAACUGCCCAGUGGCUGGGGGUAGUAAGAAUUCCAGCCACGGUGAUGAGCACGACCGGUCGUAAGAGGCGACUACAUGAGCUCCUGCGCGUGUCAAAUAUCAUCCUGGUAGUGGCGAUUACAUGCUAAGAAGUUCACAGCUACUAGGUAUGAGACACGUGUAGCUAGGUUAUAUAAGGCAGUUGACAGUAUAUUUUGUUCCAUUUGUUGUUCACAGUAUGAUUAAUUUAUACAUUUUCAUUUUUUUUUUUUUUUGAAAGACCGCUCCUAAUAUUCCGAUUGUUAUGCAAGUGUAUAUGUAUUCAGAGUAAUUUUUUUUUAUACAAGUUUCAAUUAUUUACUUUUUUCUAAUCAAUAUAGUUCAUGCAAAGCACAAGAUGAUCACAGAAAUUUGAUUGAUUUUCUUAUGAAUUUUAUUACUAAAACUAAAUAAUUUCAACCAUUGUGUAAUUAGUGUCAAAUAACGUUUUAAUGACUCAGAAAAAAUACAUUAACUUUCGAUACACGAUAUUUAUUAAUAAUCAAGCUUAAGUUUCAAAUUAUUGAUUAAUAACAUAAUUUACUAAAAAUAGUCAUUCGUAAUAAAUAUUCAAUUAACCAUGUGCAGGACUUAGUGCGGUUAAAUAAGUAUGUUUAAGUUAAAAUUAGACAUGUUUAUGUUACAAUUAAUACAUUUAUCAUCAAAUCGUUUUCCCGACACCUACUAAAAAACCAGAUACUCAUAAACAGCCAUUAUAAGUUAUGUUAACUAAGAUUUAAUAUAAAUAUCUAUUAUAAAUACUUGCAUAGCAUUUAUUUAUUUAUUUUUAUUUUAAUAAGAGACAACGGACUGCUAUUGUAAAUAAUUUAAGAUUUUAAUGAUAUAGAACUUUUAGAUGAUUAUUAUUCUUCAUUGUUUUGCUUGCUCGUUCGAUGUAGGUUAAAAUUUAUCAAGUUUCUAAUUUUUAAAUUUAUAUAUACUUUUUUAAUUGAUAAGUUAUAUACUACGAUUUAAUACUUUAAUUACAAAGAAAGAUAAGCCGCAGUUUUUACCCGAAAAUGUACUUGCCAACUCACACGUUUUACUAAGUAAUUUUAAUUUUUUUUUUUUAUUAUUAUUAUAAAUUGUUCAGGGCUUAAGAGUUGUUAGUUUGUCUAUCAUACAUUGUAGAAUAAUUGUUUGUGCAUUUUAUACCAGGUUAAAUUGGUAGCUAUUUUAAAAUUAAAAUUUAAACUAUGUAUAUUUAUAAGCUUACACAAUUUUAAGAAUAUUUAUUUUCUAACUGCACGUGCACAUAAAAAUAGAUAAUUUAUAUUAUUUUAAUUAAAUUAAGAUAUAAGUUUAAAUUUCAGUUUAACUACAUAGGCAACAUUUAUUACAAUAUUUUAAUUUAGAAAAAAAAUUACAAUUUGACAAAUAUUGAUUAAGUAUGAAUUUUCAAAAAACUUUAAUUAAAUGUUUAAAUUAUGUUAUGCAUCACUAGAGAGGUUAAUAAAUAUGUAUGUGUAUAUUAAACAUUUUCGUUCAAGUAAGACAACAUUAGCUACAUAAAAAAAUGCCAAGCAUAGUGAACUAUCUUUAUAGCUUCAGGUUUUUCGGUGUAUAUACCUCACUCGAUAGUUUAAAGAUAAAUUUAAUUAUAUUAAUAAUAGUAUAUAGUAUAUAUUAGUAUAAAAUACAACGAGUUGUUGUAAAAUGCGUGAUUGAAUAAAUGACUUACUUAAUUUAGUUUGCUCGAGUCGAGGUUUUUGUUUUUUCAUUUUUAUUUUUCAGUGUACAUACAUUUGGUCGUUAGUUACUUGUUUACUACUACAUUUGUAUUUGUACACGCCCGCUCGAUAGUUUAAAUAUAUGAUUAAGUAUAAUUAUAAUUGUAUAUACUUUAUAGUAAUUGAAUAUACAACGAUUCUUCGGAAAAGUUAAAAAAAAUAAACAAUGAAUUAUUAUUCUACGCUCGAGUUGAGGUUUUUGUUUUUUCAUUUUUAUUUUUCAGUGUACAUGCAUUUGGUCGUUGGUUACUUCAACCGUUGCGUGUAUACGCCCGCUCGAUAGUUUAAAGAUAGGUAUAAGUAUAAUUAUAAUUUUAUAUAAUAUAUAGGUAGUAUACAAUGGUUUGUUGGAAAAACCAUGGGGAAAAUAUUUGAAUUAAUUUAGUUCUCGAGUUGAGGUUUUCUUUUUUCAUUUUUAUUUUUCAGUGUGCAUGCACUUGGUUGUUGGUAACUUCAACCGUUGCAUGUAUACGCCCACUCGAUAGUUUAAAGAUAGAUGUAAGUAUAAUUAUAAUUUUAUAUAGUAUAAAGUAUACAAUGGUUUGUUGGAAAAACCAUGGGGAAAAUGUUUAAAUUAAUUUAGUUCUCGAGUUGAGGUUUUGUUUUUUCAUUUUUAUUUUUCAGUGUAUAUGUACUUGGUUGUUGGUAACUUCAACCGUUGCAUGUAUACGCCCACUCGAUAGUUUAAAGAUAGAUGUAAGUAUAAUUAUAAUUUUAUAUAAUAUAUAGGUAGUAUACAAUGGUUUGUUGGAAAAACCAUGGGGAAAAUGUUUAAAUUAAUUUAGUUCUCGAGUUGAGGUUUUGUUUUUUCAUUUUUAUUUUUCAGUUUACAUGCACUUGGUCGUUGGUUACUUCAACCGUUAAGUAGCGUGGUAGGUUCUUUAAUUUAGUUUUUAUUUUAAUUUAAAUUUAAUACACAUGAACUAAAGUUAAAUUGUUGAUAUUAUUGCUAAUAUUUUUUUCAUAGUCGUCACCAAUAUUACAAUUUAUUACAUCAGUCCGCUUAUGCAUUAUUUCUCUUAUAAAAUUUAAUUUAACACUAUUGUAGGAUUAGAAUAAUAAUAAUAAUAAAAGCUAUUGUACCAUUCACCGUUGAAUAAUUAAUAUUAUAAUAUUAUAAUGAAUAAUUGUCGAGCGCUAAGUAUUUUUAAGUUAUUAUAAUAUUAUGUAUAUCAUAUUUUUACUCUUAAGUUUUAGUCCUUUAGUUUAAUCUUAAUUUUAAUUUAAUUUAUAUUAUACUUUAUAAUAAUUAACUAUGAUUAAAUUGUUAAUAAUGCCAAUACCAUUAUUAUUCAAUUUUAGCGGUAUCGCCAAUGUUACAAUUGAUCCAUCAGCCUAUUAUAUUUAUCUUGUAAAAUUGCAUUUAAUACUACUAUUAUAUUGUAUUAUUCAUCAUUGAAUUAAUGAUAUCAUAUUAUUAUUUGUCGUACAUUUAAAAAAAUAAUUGUUACAUCUAUUUUUAAGUUACUAUGUUUAUCAUAUUUUUUUGUCUACAGUUUAAAAAUGUAGCCAAGUUUUUCGUUACAGCUUAAAUUGAAUGUCCCGGGUAGAUAGAAUACAUAUGUACCUGAAUACAAUUUUUUUCAUAUAUUUAUUUUACAUUUCCUCCGUACAACGCAUAUGUUUAAAUCUAUAAAUCCUUGCUUAGAUUGAUUUCAAUUUUAAUUUUAUUCAUAUUAAAUUUAUUAAUAAGUAACUAUAUAUAGUUAAAUUAUUGAUAAAGCUAUUUUUCUUAUUAUUUGAUUGUAUUUGUAAUUAUAUUAUUAUAUGGACCAAUUAAAUCUUCGCUCAUUCAUUGUGUUCACCCUAUUACUGACACUUAUAAGUAUAACAUUCAUAUAAUUACCUAAUUAAUUAAUUUCAAACAACCUUCCAUGAAUACGUUGUAAGUUCUGGUAAUUCGAUAUCGAUCCUUAUCUCGUUUUAUAGCCAUAUUAAUUUUUUGUUUUGUUUUAGUACACAAAACGACUAUUUCGUGUCCUUGGUAUUUAUAAAGGCUCGAAGAUAGAAGAUAUCAUUUUUAUUUUAUCAAUAAUAAAAUACUAAUAUUAGUUACCUAUAUGAUAAUAAUAAUAAUAUUUUUUUUUAAAUUAUUUAUUCAAGAGUCAUUACAUUGAAUUAUGUUUCAUUCACAAAAUAUUAUUAAGUUAUUUCAAUUGGUACUGAUACUAUCUAUGCUGGCUAAUUUAUUUUAUGAGUUCCUAAAAUUACAUUGGUGAAAAUUUUCAUUCUAGAUUUGACAAUUAAACAUUAAAAAUAAUUAUUUUCAAUUAAAUUACCAGGUCAAAAAAGUAUAUAACCUUGUAAAAGUAACAAAUAAAAGUACAAAUUAUAUAAUAGACACCCGAGUUAUGUAUGGUAUAUUAACAAACUGCCUAUUUAUUAAAUGUACUGGUAUUUUUUUUUCUAUAUUUUAUUAUAUUAUAAUAUUUUACUUUUACUUUUUUUAUUAUUAUUAUAGCUUAAGUUGUGUAAAAGCGUGCAGCUCAAAUAUUUGUGUUUAAAUGUCUAAAAACAUAACAUAUAAAAUUGUUAUUGUAAAAAUUGUAUUAUGUAUUACUUGUAACGCAUCAGUUGAAUCAAUGAGUUAAUUAACCAUACUUUAUAACAUUUACCUUGCAGUAAUUGAUUAUUUUAUUUUUUUCAAAACAAAUAAUUAUUAUCCGUGAGUCUUGUGUAUUAUCCAUUAUAAAUGAUUUCAAUGUAUUUUUCAUAUACUUUGUGAUUCUUGAUGAUUUUUUAUUUUAUUUUAAUUAUUUCUGCACUUGUAAUUUUAUUCGAAUUAAUAAAUAAUAAAAUAAUACAUUAAA